AUGCGUUCAUCAGUGGAACCACGAUUGUAUCACGUGAUAUAUCGCGGCCUUCGAGCGCCAAAAACCACCGACACGUCGCGGCGUGAGUUACUAGUUCCAUCUCGCGCAUACCGCGCAGUAGUCUCGAUGAUGAGAUCACACACAUAUCAAGAGCUUCUCACGACACGUCCAGGAGACUGGGUUGGGCAUGGGACCUCAUCCCUCGGCGGCCUGGCCGUUGCUUAUGUGGAAGAGGCCGAGAGUCCUGCUGUGGAUGACUGA